UGAAGAAAACAUUUACCACUUACUUUCCUCAUCAGCAAGAAAGAAUGACUCAGGGGUUCUUUCAGGAAGUGGAGGAGGGGUUGAAGAGCGAUCCCGGUGUUUCUCUAAGAUAGCAAGAGUGACACAAAUGGGCGGUAACAAGAACAGGAGCUUGGCGUUUCCUGCACAGAAUACUUUGAAACUGGCCUCAACUCAAGAUGAGAACCUGCUUUGUACUUUGGAUUUCUUUAUGUACAGCUUCUCUUACAGAUUGGUGUGCACUAUCCCUCUGGUCAGAUGGGGACAAGACCGCUAUGGAGGGAACCAGCACUACAGUAACCUGCUCCUAUGACAGAGGGAUGUAUGUGUAUUACAGAAAAUACUGGUGCCAUGGAGCAUCCAGAUCAUCUUGUGAUAUUUUAGGAGACACAGAGAAUUUUGUUAAGAGUGGAUAUAAAGGAAGAUUAUUACUCUUGGAUAACAAAAGAGGAGACUUUUUUGUCACAAUGAACCAACUCGUGGAAGAAGAUUCAGGAAUGUAUUGGUGUGGAAUACAAAGACCGUAUGCAGAUAUAAUGACUGCUGUGAAACUCACUGUGACUGAAGAACCUCUCUCCAUACCACUUAUUACUUUCACCAACCAUCCCAGUGACUCCUGCCUAGGGAGAUCAGUGACUGUCAGAUGUCACUCAGCCACAGGCUCUAAUGUUCACUACACAUGGUACAGAAAGAGCUUUUCAACCACCACUGCCAUUGUGCACAGCAGUGAUCUGGUGCUUCGCUGUGGAGACCUCCUGGAGAGUCAGAGCUAUUACUGCCAAGCUAUGACUCGCAGAACAAACAAAUCCACCCACCCGGUGAGAGCAGAGGUGCUGAACCCAGCCAAGGAGAACUGCACAUACCGCUUACAAUUAGCAGAUGGGAAAUCAUACAACUGUAUAAAAACUACCCCAGAGUUCACAGUUGAGAUGGCUACAACACCCUUCUCAGGCUCUUCAGCACCUUGCUCCAACUCAUCUAGCCAUCCUGGCACAGAAGAAAGUUGGAUCCCAGUUCCAUGGGCUAUUCUGCGCUGGCUAUUCCUGAUUAUUCUAGUGACAGCUUUACUUAUCAUUCAGAGCAACAGGCCAUAGAAAAGUGGUUUCAUUUUCAGAAUCCUCAGAGUGCCCCCAUCACAUGAAGACACAGUCAGAGUCUUGUGUGCUGUUUGGUUAAGUACAAUUUCCUGGCCAUCACCAACAGUGUGAUAUUGCCUACCUCUUAGCAUAGAAUGAUGCAUUCAGCUGAAGCUGUUAUCACGAAAGCAUCUGGACAAACUCCCACGCACUGGUCACCCAAGAGACAACACUUCUCGGUAUACCAUUCAGGAAGCAAUGUUUUAUGAACCCUGAAUAUACUGUUGCUGGAACAGUCUAAGACAAUAUGCAAAAUUCACAAUUUACAGUCACAUUUAUAACUGUGUCUUGUGUGUGUGAACUGCACUCUAUGUUCUGAAAGUGCUUUCGACAGAUGCUGUGCACCCAAAACAGGUGCAGUUAGCUUAUGCAUUCAUCACAUUAAUCUGAAACAUACCUAAAGUUCUUAGACACAGAGAUAAUGCCUGUGUGUAUAUUGGGUAAACCCUUCCCAGCCACUCUUCCCCAGGUCAGAGUACCUAGACCUGCUCCACCAGACAUCACUGCUAGGAGACGGGGAAAAAGCUCCAGGUCCAUUAGCCUUUAAAAAAAAUCUGCUAUGCCAGACUACUCCCCAUUCUAUUAACU